AUGGCGCGGAGCCCGGGCGGCCGGUGCGCCCUGCUGCUACUGCUGCAGCUGCUAGCGGUGGUCUGCUUGGACUUUGGAAAUGGACUUCACUUUGAGGUCUUCAACACGAGAAGUGAAGGCAAACUGUUACCCAAGCGCACUCACUUGGUCCGUCAGAAGAGGGCCUGGAUCACUGCCCCUGUGGCUCUUCGGGAGGGAGAAGACCUUUCCAGAAAGAACCCAAUUGCCAAGAUACACUCUGACCUUGCAGAAGAAAAAGGGAUAAAGAUCACCUACAAGUACACGGGGAAAGGAAUUACACAGCCGCCAUUUGGUAUCUUCGUCUUCGAUAGAAACACGGGAGACCUGAACGUCACCAGCAUUCUUGACCGGGAAGAAACACCGUUUUUUCUGCUGACAGGCUAUGCCUUGGACUCCAGAGGAAACAACCUGGAGAAGCCCUUAGAACUACGCAUCAAAGUUCUGGACAUCAAUGACAACGAGCCAGUGUUCACCCAGGAGGUCUUUGUUGGGUCCAUUGAGGAAUUGAGUGCAGCACAUACACUUGUGAUGAAAAUCACCGCUACGGAUGCAGAUGAUCCCGAGACACUAAAUGCUAAAGUCUCCUACAGAAUUGUCUCUCAGGAGCCUGCAAAUAAUCCAGUGUUCUACCUAAAUAAAGACACGGGGGAGAUCUAUACAACCAGUUUUAUUUUGGACAGAGAGGAAUACAGCAGCUAUUCCUUGACAGUGGAAGCAAGAGAUGGUAACGGGCAGAUAACAGACAAACCAGUGCAACAAGCUCAAGUUCAGAUUCGUAUUUUGGAUGUCAAUGACAAUAUACCUGUGGUGGAAAAUGAAAUGUACGAGGGGACGGUGGAAGAAAACCAGGUCAAUGUAGAAGUCAUGCGGAUCAAAGUGACCGAUGCAGAUGAAGUGGGCUCCGAUAACUGGCUAGCAAACUUCACAUUUGCGUCGGGAAAUGAAGGGGGCUAUUUCCACAUUGAGACUGACACGCAGACUAAUGAAGGGAUCGUGACCCUUGUCAAGGAAGUGGACUAUGAAGAAAUGAAGAAGCUGGACUUGAGCAUCCUUGUCACUAACAAAGCAGCUUUCCACAAGUCCAUUCUGAGCAAGUACAAGGCUACGCCCAUUCCCAUCACUGUCAAGGUCAAGAACGUGGUUGAAGGCAUUAAUUUCAAGAGCAGCAUAGUGUCUGUUCGAGCUAGUGAGGCAAUGGAUAGAUCUAGCCUCAGCCGGUCAAUUGGGAAAUUUCAAGUUUUUGAUGAAGACACUGGACAAGCAGCUAAAGUAACAUAUGUAAAGGUGCAAGACACUGACAACUGGGUCUCUGUGGACUCCAACACUUCAGAGAUUAAGCUUGUAAAGAUUCCUGACUUUGAAUCUAGACAUGUCCAAAAUGGUACCUACACUGUAAAGGUUGUGGCUAUAUCCAAAGAUCAUCCUCAAAAAACCAUCACUGGCACCGUCAUUAUCACUGUUGAAGACAUCAAUGACAAUUGUCCCAUACUGGUGGACUCAGUACGGAGUGUCUGUGAGGAUGAACCAUACGUGAACGUCACUGCAGAGGAUUUGGAUGGACCCCAGAACAGUGGACCAUUCAGCUUCUCUAUCAUUGACCAGCCUCCUGGAACGGCACAGAAGUGGAAAAUAAUGCACCAGGAGAGUACCAGUGUGCUGCUGCAGCAAAGCGAGCGGAAGCUCGGGAGGAGUGAGAUUCCCUUCCUCAUUUCCGACAGCCAGGGCUUCAGCUGCCCGGAGAGGCAGGUCCUGCAGCUCACCGUGUGCGAGUGUCUGAAGGGCGGGGGCUGUGCGGCUGUGCUGUACCACAACUACGUCGGCCUGGGCCCCGCCGCCAUCGCGCUCAUGAUUCUGGCGCUGCUGCUCCUGCUCUUGGUGCCACUCAUGUUGCUGAUAUGCCACUGUGGAGAGGGUGCCAAAGGCUUCACCCCCAUUCCUGGGACCAUAGAGAUGCUGCAUCCUUGGAAUAAUGAAGGGGCACCCCCUGAAGACAAGGUGGUGCCAUCGCUUCUAGUGACUGACCAUGUCGCGAGCUCAGCGAGAGGCGGCGCCGUAGGAGGCGCGAUGCUCAAGGAAGGCACCGUGAAAGGCAGUAGCUCAGCUUCCGUUAUCAAAGGGCAGCAUGAGCUGUCUGAGGUUGACGCAAAAUGGGAAGAGCACAGAAGCCUCCUCACUAUUAGGGACACUCACCAUGCAGGGACAGCAGGAGCCGUCGCUGUCGAUGGAACCAUAAGGACAACAAGAGCCACGGGGGCUUCCAGAGACGUGAGUGGGGCUCGAGGAGGAAAUGUUGCCGUGAAUGAGGAAUUCUUAAGAAGUUACUUCACAGAGAAAGCAGCUUCCUACGCUGGGGAAGAUGACCUGCACAUGGCCAAAGACUGCCUUCUCAUUUACUCCCAGGAAGACACGGACUCUCUCCGAGGCUCCGUCGGGUGUUGCAGUUUUAUCGAGGGAGAGCUGGAUGAUCUGUUCGUAGAUGACCUGGGGCUUAAAUUCAAGACCCUAGCUGAAGUUUGCUUAGGUCGAAAGAUCGAUAUGGAUAUUGACCAGAGGCAAAAGCCGGUCAGAGAAGCAAGCAUGAACGCAGCUCCUGGCUCACACUACGAGCAAGUGACAGCCAACUCAGAGAGCACAUACUCCUCUAACAGUGGCUUCCAAGCCCCCAAACCUCUGCAUGGAGCACACACAGAGAAAGUCACACAGGAAAUUGUCACUGAAAGCUCUGUGUCUUCCAGGCAGAGUCAGCAGGUAGUACCGCCACCUGAUCCUGUGGCUUCUGGUAAUAUUAUAGUGACAGAAACUUCCUAUGCCACAGGCUCAGCAGUGCCACCCAGCACUGUGAUCCUGCCUCCUAGACAGCCACAGAGCCUUAUUGUGACAGAGAGGGUGUACGCUCCAGCCUCCACCUUGGUGGGUCAGCAUUAUACCAAUGAAGAAAAUGUCCUUGUUACGGAACGAGUGAUCCAACCUAAUGGUGGCCUCCCUAAGCCCCUUGAGGUCACCCAGCAUCUGACAGAUGCACAGUAUGUGAUGGUGAGGGAAAGAGAGAGCGUCCUCGCUCCCAGCUUAGGCGUGCAGCCCACUGUGGCAAUGCCCACUGUGGCAGCGGGAGGACAGAAUGUCACCGUGACAGAGAGAAUACUGACCCCUGCUUCCAGUCUGCAAUCCAGUUACCAGAUUCCCAGUGAAACCUCCAUCAAGGCUAGGAAGACCGUGCUCUCUAGUGUGGGAGGCAUGGGCUCCCUUCCCCAUUUAGAAGUAGAGGAAUCUGGUCAUCCCAAUUCUACUAUAACCACAUCUUCCACCAGGGUCACCAAGCAUAGCACCGUGCAACAUUCUUACUCUUAAAGAGAAGCCAGCUGCAGUCUGAUCCAGAGCUUAACUAGCUUCCACUGGGUGUGUGUUUCCAUGCCCCUGUUAUAUGAGCCACACAAAGACUUGCACGUUGAAAGAACUCAUUGACAUGCCAAAGACUCGGUGCCUCAGGUGGGGCUGUAUUUCAGAAAUGCUCUGUCAUACUGGGGGAUAGAGUUAAGAUGCUGGUUCCUAAGUGCCUUUUAAUGCGCUGUGCAAGCAAUACUCACAAACAGGACACGUAAAAUUGGCUUCCAAGAACUUGCCAAAUUAAAGCACAGUUUCUACUAGUUCAUCUGGUCCAGAAAGAUAGGUCUGUGCACAAUGCAUUUGUAUUCAGCAGGGUCCACCCCUUGUAUUACAGAACCACACAGGUUAUAGGUACCAAAUAGCACAUCUACCCAGGGACACAUCUCCACUUUAAGCCUUCAACUUCAGUUUCUGGUUCACUUCAACACUGGGACCCUUGAAUACAACCGAGACCAGAAAAAAGAAUGAGAAAACACUGGAGCCCUUUUUAAUUGUGUAAAGUUGACAGAAUUUUACAGCAUCCUCAGGAUGAGAAUACAUAUUGUGUAUUUUUCUGCACAUAACAUGUCCUGUGAACUUAAAAAAUGACUUCAUGUUUCUCCUCGUUUAUCAGAGGUCAUGAAAAUGUUGAACAUUUCAAAUUAGUUUUAUAAUCCAUCAUAGCCAAGUGUGGUGGUGCAUGCUUUUAGUCCAGAACUCAAGAGGCAGGCAAAUCUCUCCAGGAUCUAGGCCAACCUAGUCUAUAUAAAGAGUUCAAGGACAGCCAGGGCUACAUAAAAAAACCCUGUCUCAAAACAAAACAAAUAAAUAACAACAACAAAUGCUAGUAAUAAUCCAGGAUAAGAUUCCUACUUAACUUUUCUGUAACGUGAUGGUAGUCUAUGAAGAAAAAGCUCAUCAGAUAUUUGUCUCUUAGCUACAAGUCAGUGCACUUAGAGUUGGACAAAUGACCAACUGGUUGAGAGCACACUGCUCUUGCCGAGAACCUUCGGUUUCUGACAUCCAGGUACUUAAGCUCACAACCACCUCUAAUUCCAACUCAGGGGAUCUUGUGCCCUCUAAUGGGCUCCAAAGACAUUGCACUCACACAGUUGGGUGUAGUUUGUGAGCUGCCAUUGACUGCCUUCCAUCCUCAGUGCCUCUCACAGGGCCCAAGCCAGUAUCUAUGGGUCAAGAGAAGUUCCACAAACCACUCUUUUACAAUUACUCAAAUAUCAAGAAGGCUCAGUAGUUCCAUAGUUCUGAAUUAUGACCUUUACCACCUUGACAGCUAAAAGACUGGUCAUGACUUGAUAUACAUGAAGUAAACAUUUUAUCAUAAAACCCUUGACUAACUGGCUUAAUCUCAUUCAACUUCCUUGUCUUGUUUCUUUGAGUAAGCUGUUGUUCGGAUUGUGCAAAACACCAAUGGAAAGUAUUAUAUAAUAAACCUCUGCUUUUAAAAAAUAGUUUUAAAACCUAUACAUGUAUCAGUAAUAAUUUAUAUCCAUGUCUCCCAUCUUUAAAAGACAAUGUUGAAAACCAUCAUAUUUCUGGAUAUUUUGCUAGGAAAGUGAAAUUCUACACUUAUAUUUUUGUAGACUUUUUUAAAAAUGUUGUUUACAUGCAUUGUGUUAUGAAAAAAUGUUAUACGGUGCACCCUAACUGUGAUGCAUGAAGUGAUUUUAUGCAUGGCUGGCUAUGUGGGGCAGAGGUCACCUUAUUCCUAUGAUCUGGAAUUGUUUACUUUCUACAAAGUAAGCUUUUGGGAAUUUUGCUUUAAUUUUCUUUGUAACUGAUGUUAUUUUACAAAGUGUGCAGAUGGAAUUAUACUACUGUGUGAAGUUAUAAAUAUAUCCCAUGUGAAAAAAAAAAAAAAACACCUAAAACUCAAUCUUGAGCUCCCUCUGUGGGUGGGUUUGGGGCCCCACUUCUCUUUGUGCAGGGUAUGAUCUUCCUUGUUCCCAAAAGGGUGAUUUGCAUUAGUUUUUACAUUUGUUCCUUGGGAGGAUUGCAUUUGUGUGUGUAUCUAUGUAAAAUAUUUUAAUAAAAAGGCCACUUUCCUUUAGAAUGA